AUGACGGUGCCUGAGCUGAGACAACCUGUGAAGCAAGAACGACUUGCUUGGAUAUUGGAGAAUAUCGAGGAGUUCUUGUCGUUGUACCAGGCGGAUCGAGACAAAAGUGCAGUGAAUCUUCGAUUAAAGAAACUGGAUGAAGUGUAUGAUAAAUACUGUGAAGUGAGAGUGAACAUUGAAGUGAUUACCGAUGACUUGGACGUCGGUCAAGAAGUGGAAAAUACCUCUGAGGAUGGAGCCGUAGGACAAGCUGAUAUGGCCGAGGUUCGCCAACUAGAAAACGAAGAGAUCUUCAAGGAAUUCGAAAACAAGUACUUUCGAUUGAAGCAGGCGCUACUUUCGAAGGUCAGUGUAUCAACGGAAGUUGUUGAACGCCGAAGGGAUGAGGUCCAGACUUACCAGUCAUCGCGAACGAGAUAUCCUGAACUGAAGCUACCCACUUUCUCUGGGAGAUUGUCGGAGUGGAUGAACUUUCGGGACAACUUCAGAUCACUGAUACACGAUAACAACCAACUCAGUGCGAUCGAUAAGUUCAACUACUUACGCACAUCGCUGAAGGACGACGCUCUGUAUCAGAUCAACCAGAUUCAGGUUACAGCUGCCAAUUACGAUCUUGCUUGGGGCAUUCUGGAGUCAAAGUUCGAGAACCACAAGUUGAUCGCGCAGGAGCAUUUGAAGGCAUUGUUCAAUGUUGCUCCGAUGAAGUCUGAGACUUUCCAAGGCCUGAAUCAUAUCCUGAUGACGUUUAAGAUCAACCUUCAGCAGUUGGAGAAGUUGGGAGAAGAUACUGCGCAGUGGAGCACGCUGCUAGCCUUCAUGCUUUCCCAGAAGUUGGAUGAUGAUACGCUUCGUCUGUGGGAAACUCACCACAGUUCGAAGAACAUUCCGUCGUAUACAGCGAUGGUUGAGUUUCUCGAGAAUCAUUGUGCCAUCCUACAAUCAACGUCGGCACGGAAGACCAAUGAGUUCAAGAAACCUUCGAAACCCCCAUUUGUUCAUGCUGCGAUAUCAACCAAAAAUUGCACGGUUUGCAAUGGAGGUCCACAUUCCGUUGAGCAGUGUUCGAGUUUUGGCAGAAUGAAGAUCGUGGAUAGGAAGGUGCUAGCCCGGAAGCUUGGAUUGUGUCUGAACUGCUUACGUUCUGGACAUUUCGUUGCGGACUGUUCGAGAUCAUCGUGUGGAAAGUGUGGUCAGCGGCACCACCAUUUGCUGCAUCCAUACAGCAACCAUGUAGGCCAAGGGCAGAACGUGAAUCAGCCCUCCUCCCAGAGACACACGAAAGGACCUCAAGCCGCGAACUCUCAAUCUCUGCAAUCCAAUCAAGCCCAAAACCGGAACAAUUCUCGACACUCACAGACUACACCAACUCCAAGUACAUCCUCGCAAAAUGCAUGCUUACCACCUCCCACCAAUCCUUCUACUGUACACCACACUGCUACACCAUCAAAAACACACCACCAUUCAAACACUGCCUUAUUAUCGACUGCAAUUGUGAAGCUCGGUGAUCACCAUGGAAACACCGUACUUGCACGCGCUUUGCUGGAUAAUGGUUCUCAAGUCUGUCUGAUGACUGAGAAUCUCGCUCAACGGUUGAGCUUCCGAAGGAUUCGGGAGAACAUGCCGGUGAACGGAGUUGGUGGUUCAUGUUCAGUUGCUAAACAAGCUGUAUUAGCAAUAGUUCUGUCAUGCAACUCGUCGUACGUGACAGGGGAAGUCAAAUUCCUGGUUCUACCGAAGAUUACUACAAGUCUACCGCAGCAAUACAUCGAUACGUCAUCGUGGAAUCUGCCAUCAGGAGUAUGCCUAGCGGAUCCCGGCUUCAAUGAAUCUGGUUCGAUCGAUGUGAUACUGGGAGUAGCUGUCUUCUACGAGUUGCUACUAUGUGAGCAGCUGAAACUCUCCAGGUCAGGUCCGAUUCUCCACAACACGGAACUAGGAUGGAUCGUCGCUGGAGAGCUACCGGAAACAGCUAUCGUGAGCUACAGUGCAGUAACUUCAUCGUCGGUAACAACGACAGAGGUGUUUGAGGAGCUGACAAAGUUUUGGGAAUUGGAAGCUUGCAACACGAAGAGCUGUCUGUCCAUCGAGGAGUCUGCCUGCGAAACCAUCUUCGAGGAGACAACCACCAGAGAUCUGGAUGGGAAGUUCCGAGUGCAGCUACCAAAGAAGAAACACAUGCUGGACAAAUUAGGAAACUCAAAAGCAAUAGCUAGGAAACGCUAUUUGUCAAUGGAGAAGCGACUAGAUGCCAACCCAGAACUAAAGACCAUGUAUAAGGCAUUUAUGCAUGAGUAUCUUCAGAUGGGACAUAUGAAGGAGAUAAAGGCGGAAGAGGAAGAAUCAGGUCUAGAGUACUACAUUCCUCAUCACGCUGUCCUGAAGCCGGACAGCACGACAACUAAGCUAAGAGUUGUUUUCGAUGCAUCCUGUCCAACGGAUACGUGUGUCCCUCAACGAUGUUCUGAUGGUUGGGCCUGUUGUUUAGGAUGA